UUCAUUUAAACCAAAAUAAUGUUUUUAAAUAAAAUAAACAAGUAUAUUUAUGUAAAAAAUAUUUUAACAUCUGAAAUUUCAAUUUUUAAUAUACCACAACGUUUUAAAAAAACAUUAGACUAUUCUAAAUAUCCGAAAUUAAUAGAAUCAGAAUUAGAAGAAAUGCAUGUGCGUGGUUCAGGACCUGGUGGACAAGCUGUUAAUAAAACUUCAAACGCAGUUGUUCUAAAACAUAUACCAACGAAAAUAGUAGUUAAAUGUCAUAUACAUCGUUCUCUUACUGAAAAUAGAAAAGAAGCCAGAAAAAUUCUAUUGAAUAAAUUAGAUAUACUUUAUAAUGGUGAAAAUUCUAUUGACGCACAAGAAAAAGUUAUUUCACAGAAAAAAUUGAAUGAAAAAAUUCAACGUCGAAAAAAAAUCGAAGCUAUGAAAGAGAUUUGGAAAAAAAAUGAAGGAAACGAUUAAUAAUUGCAAAUAAAA